AAAACCUAAUCUGGACAACACCCUAAGGUGAAUCAGGUAACCUUAUUCUGAAAUCUUACUCUGCUUGACUUGACAGCUGAAUCAACAGCAGUCUACCCACACAUUAUCCUGAGAUAAAAGGACUUACACUUCUGUGGGGCUGCUGUUGGUGUGGAUUCCUCCUGCAUGGCAUUGAGACGCUGAUCAUGUAUGCAGUUGUUACCUUGCAAGACUCAGAUGAGGUGAUGGUGGUAGCAUCAAACUGGUUGAGCACAGACAAGAAACAAAGUUACUGGCCCCCAUUUAGAUCACCAGAGAAGUGCAUAGAAGCUGUCCAGAACAGAGUUAAACCAGAAACAGGAGGGAAAACAUGGGAGAAAUUGAAUAUUAGCUUUCACAAAGAAUAUGUUUCUUUUGAUAAGGCAAAAGAGGGGCAAAAAGAAAUUACAGAACAGAAAGAACGAUCUUUUCAAUUAGCCACUGGAUUCCCUGGAAUGCUAAAAAGACAAAGAUUUGAAAGCACUCAAGAAAUGUCAAAAAAUCCACUUCUUACUACACCAUCUACAUCCAGAAAGUCAGCUGAUGACAAUGAUGAUCUCCUCCAAAUGUUGAGAGACAUCAAGAGCACAGUUCAGGAAAACUCUGCCAUGCUAAAGAAACUACUGAAAGACAAUACGGCUUCUGAAGCCCCCAGCAGUACCAGCUUGCCCACUAAAGAUAUUAAAACAAGCCUAAAUCUGCCUCUUGCAACCUUUGAAGAUGUGGUCAAGACUGAAAUGGAGCUCAGUAAUGCAACGACACGCCAAAAAUAUGUAAAAUAUCUGUCAAGGCUUGGAGGUUUUGGGGCCAAGGAUGUGAUUAAAAAUAUUAUGCAGCGCGUCAUAUCAGAUGAUCUGGCUAUGGAGUUCAACUGGCAGGGGAGAGGAGAGAAAAAGGCCUUCUCUAAGCUUAUUUUAACAGAUGUAAUCCGAGAUGCUGCAUCAAAACACAGUGUGUUGAGGGUAGCCUGUGAAGCUGAAAUAAAAAAUUAUUUGUGGUACACAGUUGAUCGAAUUGGUCGGAAGAGACCAUGAGUUUGUGGAGGUGUGACUUCAGAAGUGAUUUCUCCCACACUGCUGGACGGUGCCACUGCAGGGACCUAUUUAUUCAUAGGUCCUGUAAGCUUAACUGCUAAGAUUAAACAUUCAUUUUGUAUAGGACUAUAUGCUAUGUACUAAACUAGCAUGACAUUAUGUAAAUAUUGGUUCUUGUAAAAAUGCUUACAAUGUUUCUAUUUUUUUUUUUUUUUUUUUUUAAUCCUAAAUCCUAAUCCUAUUUCCCUUUAGCUGGUGGAAAUAAUGAAAUACUGGAGAACAUGUAUGACUGUGGUAUCACUGCAUGCACGGACAGGUUUUCUGGUGUGGUUUUAGCAUGAUUGUUCAUCAAUUACAAAUAACUCAAAUGUAUGCAAUUUGUUGUAAGUAGAUUUUAAUCCACAUUAUUUAAUUCUUUUUCAUUGUCCCGUCAAUAGGUUUUGCCUUUUUUUUUUUUUUUUUGAAAAAAGACAGAUGAAGUCUAACAUAUGACUAUUGGGUGACAUUACAGUCCUUGGGGGAAUCUUCAAUUGAUGAUGUACAAACAGACAGAGAAUUAAUGGGAUAGUUCACCCAAAAAUGAAAAUUCUGUAAUUAUUUACUCACCCCAGGUUGUUCCAAACCUACAUAAAUUUCUUUGUCCUGCUGAAUGCAAAGGAAG